UCAUCCGGAUGAAUGAAGGCUUUGGCUGCUUUGCCUGAGUGAAAACAGAAGCAAGUUGCAGAACGCGGAGAUCCGAGCAGCGCACAUAUCUGAGGAACGGAAAAGGCGGCACAAAGCGCAUUCAUGAGCUCAGAUUCGGUGCACCGUUACCCAACGAGUGCCAGUCACCAUGGGAGAGGGGUUAUCUUCUUUAGAUUGCAAUAACACAUCGAAUCAUGAACAUUUCAACCGCGUCCACGGGGCAGCCGACCCCGGGCAGCCUGCCUCAGAGCAGUGGAUGGUUGGCAUGGGGAUGCUUAUGGCUGUGAUAGUGGUGCUCAUAGUCAUUGGAAAUGUAUUGGUGAUCGUUGCAAUAGCCAGGAACCAGAAGUUGCAGACCUUGACCAAUUUAUUUAUUGUGUCUUUGGCCUGUGCUGACUUAAUAAUGGGCUUGCUGGUGGUGCCGUUUGGUGCCGCUUUGGUGAUCCGAGGCACUUGGCUUUUCGGCUCGUUCUUCUGCGAAUUGUGGAUUUCGGUGGACGUCCUGUGUGUGACUGCCAGCAUCGAAACCUUGUGUGUGAUUGCAAUUGACAGGUUCAUCGCCAUAACAUCUCCAUUCCGUUACCAAAGCGUGCUCACUAAAGCCAGAGCAAAGGGGAUCGUAUGUGUAGUUUGGGCUAUAUCGGCUCUCGUCUCCUUUCUGCCCAUUCUGAUGCAGUGGUGGAGGGAUGACAAGCCAGACGCUAUCGACUGCUACAAAGACCCGAACUGCUGUGACUUUGUCACCAACCAGGCUUAUGCCAUAGCCUCGUCUAUAAUUUCCUUCUACAUUCCUUUGGUGGUGAUGAUCUUUGUCUACGCCAGGGUUUUUAGAGAAGCUAAAAAACAAAUGAAGAAGAUCGAUAAAUGUGAAGGAAGGUUUCACAACAAUCCCAUUAUCCCCAACGGAAGACCUAGCAGGAGGAGACCGUCAAAACUCUCGGCAAUAAAGGAACAGAAAGCGCUCAAGACGCUUGGUAUCAUCAUGGGCACUUUCACUUUGUGCUGGCUGCCCUUCUUCUUGGUCAACGUUGUGAAGGUAUUCUGUACAGAAGUCGUGGACAGUCAGCUCUUCGUGUUUUUUAACUGGUUGGGGUAUGCCAAUUCUGCUUUUAACCCUAUAAUAUACUGCAGAAGCCCCGACUUCAGGAAAGCCUUUAAAGGGUUGUUGUGCUGCCCGAGGCAGGCAGACAGAAGGUUACAUGUCAGUUCAGGGGAUCUAUCGCUCUAUUCCGGGGGCUUUAGGAAUUCCCUGGACCCCAGCCUCAUUGGGACGUGGUAUGAUUGCAAUGGACAGGAUAGCAGUGAGUGCAGUCUGGAACGAAAUGAGAAAAUUCGACAUUCCGAGUCGGAAUUAUAGUUACUAGAAGCGCAGUACCCAAGCAACAGAUGAAGAUUCGCUUCAGUUCACACUCAGUUGCUCUGCAAAGCCGCUCUGCACAGCACCCGUCUGUUUGUUGGGGGUAUUUUUUGUAAUGCAAAAAAAAAACAAAAAAAAACUUUACUGUGGCCCGUAAGUAGUAUUAUCGCGUGCAACAAAGAAGCAUUUAUUACCCAUUAACAAAAUUGUUUUUGUGAAAUUGAUUUUCAAGGUAAUCAUUAUGUGUUGUGUUGGACAGACAAUAUCGACCAGGCAGUGUCUCGCAUGUUUUAAACAGACUCUUAAUGACAUAUAUUAUUCUGUGCUUAGGAGAAGUGGAAACUGAACUGUAGCCUACAGCAGAAAGCCGUAAUGGGUCAAUAUUAAUUGUGCUUUAAAAAUCGGUGCAUCUGUAGACGCAGCAAAUACAGCGUACGCUGACUCUGCACAUGGGGUAAACUCUGAAGCUCUCUUCGUUACAAGUAGUGUUUUUUCAAAGCUAGUAUCAGUGAGAUUUCUACCUCAGAUUGUACACAUUGUACAGAAGAGUCUUUUGUUUAUAUUAAACAAUUUAAUACACGGGCCUAAACCAUUAAACAAGGUAUUUAAAUGUGGGAAAUGAGCGCCAGUACUUUAUGAAUUCAAUAUGAAGUAAUAAUUCGAGUCACAGCACACAAUACAGUGAAACAUAUUCCACUAAAGACAUUUUUUUUAAUGCUUUACGUUUUGUAGUUUGUUGGUUCAAACAAUAUUUCCACGUGCAUUAUUUAACACAAAAACAAGUACAGUACUGUAAUUUAUAAACAAUGACGUGUUUUGUUCUCUGUGGGGUUUUACGUGCAGCUGGUACAGUAAUUUGUCAUUUGUAUGUCGUUUCACAAAGUAUUUACACAAUUGUAUAAUGGUCGU